UUCGAUUAGAUUUCUGUAAUCAGAGCAGACAGAUUUUUAACAGACACUUUUGAAAAGUGAUUCUGGCAUAUGUAUGUUUGUGUGUAUGUAUGUUAUGUAACCAGAAUUUGGAAUAUAAAAAAAAAGAAAGCAGCAUUCGCGAAUCUCAUUCUGUGUUUGUCUGUGUGCGUGCGUGUGUGUGAGGUUUGGAUCUUUGUACUGUGGUGUGGUGUACACCACCUACAUCAAUGUUCCGUUCCAUCGACCAACCAACGUACGAAUGAACAAACCAUCGUACGCAACAUCAAGUGCUGGAUAUAUACGAACCAUCAUGCAUCCUGCAAACCAUGGAUCCGGGCGUUCCAAAUGCUUUAUUCUUUGUAUGUGUGAGUAUAAUAUGGACUCUUUAAAGCUAAAGCUUUCACAUAGUUCCCCAUGGAUAGAUAUGGUUUUGUGCCUACAUUGCCUUAAUUCUGGUGCCAACACACAAAAUAUAAGGGUUUUUGUUGUAUAUGGUGAUGGUGGUGAGCAGGAAUCCUUAUCCUGUAUAUGCACCUAUUACCUUACCAAUUGAUUUUAUUUAGCUUUCAUUGUCAUACAACGUAGCAUCAUUAUCAUUCGACAAACUUAUUAAACUUGGUGGAUAUAGCCAAAACAUUUUAAAAUGAAUCAUUCAAAAUCAACAGUAAAUCUAAUUUGUAGCCUAUUGCAAUUAAAUCUAAAGCUAUUCCAAGAUCUUUUCCGUUAUAAACAUGCAUUCAAUUCAUUUCAAGCUGAUCUAAAUAGCCAUCUUACAACGAUCGCAAAUGUUCAACAACAUCAACAACAAUCGGCUGAACAAAACGAUAAGAAUGAAUCAUUUGUCAACGAUAAUGGUUGUCUUAAUAACGAAGAAUCGGAACGAAAAUCUCGUGAUUUAUGUGAAACGAAACAAAAAAUUUCAGAUAUGAUUUGUGAAAAAUUUCUACAAACAUGUCAGGAUCUUGGUCAACCAUCCACUGGACAAUUGGGUGAUGAUUAUGAAAGUUCUAUCUAUUCGAUUCUUGCUAUUGUCGAUGAUUUCAAUAAUCAAAAUAUCGAUGAUGGUAAUGAUUUCACAUUGAUUGGUGACAAUUCGUUUACAAAUGAUGAUGAUUCGGAAAUGAAAUGUCUUAGCAAACAGAUUGGUUCAUUCUUAUCACGAUUAAAUCGUGAUCAUCAAUUUCGUCGAAAGUUAAUGGAUCAAUUGUUCAGAAAAUUACUUGAUCAAGAUAAUGUUGCUGAUGAUUGUAAAGAAAUUGACAAUUUAAUGCAUGAUAAUGAUGUUGAAGAUAAUUCAUCAUUAUUAAAUAAAAAUCUUCAGGUGGAAUACUUUGAACAAGAUGUCGAUAUUCAAGGAGAAAAUCAAAUCCAAAAGGAACAACAAAAACGAUUGCCACAAUAUCAAUGUAAAUUCUGCUUGCAAGAAUUCCAUCAGGUAUCGUUAUUGAUACAACAUCAACGUAAUCUACAUCAAUCGCGAUUUUGUUGUGCUCGUUGUAAUCAAACUUUUCGUAAUGAAUAUGUAUUACGUAUUCAUUUGCAUAAGGAUUCUUGUUCGAAAUUGAUUUUUGAUCCACCAGUAUCAAUACAUUCGCCUCCGGCAUCAUCAUCAUCAUCAUCAUCACCAUCACCGACACAAGUGGCCGAAACAGUCAUUUUGCAGACAAUUCCAUUGCAACAGGUUAAACAAGACGACAAACAACCAGCACGGAAUCAUAUUUGUCGUUGGCCUGGCUGUGGUAAAACAUUCACUCGUACUAGUUACUUAUCGAAUCAUAUGAUGACACAUUCCAAUGAUCGUAAUUAUGUCUGUACGGUAGCCGGAUGUCCCAAACGUUAUAAAACUCAGGCUCAUCUAUUGAAUCAUAUGAGUGUACACCGUAAACAGGAACAAGAACAACAAAAACAUCAAUCAUCUUCGGGUUCAUUGCAUUCGCAACAACAGGGUAUACUAAUAAAAUUGGAACCGGAGCCAGAAUCACCGAUAGUUAGUGAUGAUAUUCAUGGUUGUCAACAUUCGGGCUGCGAUUUUCAAGCGACAAAUAUGGUACAACUUCAACAACAUAUAUCAACUAAUCAUCCAAUCACAACAAACACAUCAACAUCAACAAUCGAGACUCCAUUCAAAUGUCCACAUUGUGGGACAUCAUUCCGAAAGAAAUCUUCACUAUCGAAUCAUGUGAAAUCGCACUCCGGACAAUUUACAUGCGCAUGGAAUGGAUGUACGUUUCGAAGUCAUUCGAAUGUUGUUUUAUCUCGACAUAUGAUGUUACAUAAAGAUGGUUUAAACAUUUCAAUUUCAGAUCAAGGGAAUGGCCAACGACCUCAAGAAAUUGAUAUGGACCGAAUAAAAACCGAACCGGAAAAUGGCGAACAAAAUCGUCCGGAAACCUUUACCUGUAAAUUAUGUGGUAAACAAUUCACUAAACGAUCAUCGAUCAUCAAUCAUGUUCGAUCACAUUCGGGACAAUAUUCAUGUCAAUGGCCUGGGUGUUAUUUUGCCUCACAAUCAAAGAUGCUUUUACGUCGUCAUGUUAUCACUGCUAAUCAUCAUGGUAAUGUCAACCAACAAGAACAGGCAGAUCUAGUGAAUGAUAAUGACAAUAGCAGCAAUGAUGCUCAUGUAACAUCCAUCGAAGGCAAUGAUUCGGGAAGGUCCGAAAAACAACCGAUACGAAUAUUUCAUUGUCGUUAUCCUGAUUGCUCAUAUCAGACACAUAAACGACCACUCUAUCGAGUACAUAUGUUGAAACAUUCGGAAAUUCGUAAACAUCGUUGUUCUUGGCCACAUUGUGGAAAAUCUUUCAAAGCUAAAUCCACGUUGAAUCGCCAUUUAGUUCGCCAUCGACAAGUUUCUUAUCAACAACAAUAUCGAAAUCAAUCAACUAUACUUGAAGAUCAGGAACAGGAAGAUUAUGAUGAUGCUGAUGAUUAUCAACCAAUUGAACCAAUGGUUAUCAUCGAUAGCCAACAACAACAACAAGAUGAUCAAAUUAAUGAAUCGACACCAACGGAAACAGAAAAUAACGUUACAUUAUUUCGAUGUGAACAUUGUCCAUCAACAUUCCGUACAAAAUCAUCGCUAUCAAAUCAUCAGAUUUCACAUCGUAAACCACAAUUCAGAUGUGAACAACCAGGAUGUUUUUAUGAAACAUUUCGAUCAACCAUACUUGAGCGUCAUGUAAGAGAUGUGCAUGGCAUCAUUCAAGAACCGGAACAACAAAUUCCAAAAUGUUCAACUACCAUUUAUCAGUGUAAUCGUCUUGAUUGCCGUCAACGACAAUUUACCACAUUGGAAGCAUUGCAACGUCAUUUACAAACUGUUCAUCAACAACAGAUGGAACAAUCAACUGCGCGGACAUACACUUGUUUUUGGCCCGAUUGUCGAAUGAUUUUCUCGAAUCGAAUUACAUUUCAACAACAUCUCGAAUCACAUCAAAACCGCACUCGUCGACGUUACGGAUGUAUUGGAUGGAAAGAUUGUUCACGAACGUUUCAAACUAAACGAGGCCUACUUGCACAUUAUAUAGAACAUCGACAACAACAACAACAACAACGGAAUGGUGAACAGGAAACAUCCAAACCACAACGUUGGUUACGAUGCAUAUGGAAAGGAUGUUCAUACACAACAACAAUUGCCGAACAAUUGAAAAAGCAUUUAAAUCGACAUAAGAAAUUUCAGCAACGAACAAUUUCGACUACAAGUAAUUCUAGCCAAGAUCGGCCAAAAUCAUCAUCAUCAACAAUAACAACGACGACAACAACACAGAAAUUCAUCGCAAUGCCAUUUGUGGCCAGUAUUACCUCUACGUCACUGCCACCAGUUUCAACAGCCACAUAACGAUGAAUUUUUUCCCUACAAUUAUAUAUCUAUUAUACUUUGAAAAUUCAUAAUUAUUUCAUCCAUUAAAGUAACCUAACAUACAUAA